CGGAGCCCCGGGCCUUCUCGGGCGACCCCGCCGCAGCCGUCCCCGCCGGGCCCGACCUGCCUCUUUCGGACCCAGACCCGGGCUGGACGCGCAGCCGGCCAGGCCCCUCCGAGGUCGCGCUGGGCUCCCGGCUCCUGAGAAGUGAGCAUCAUGGCCAGCCCAAGAACCAGGAAGGUCCUUAAAGAAGUGAGGGUGCAGGAUGGGAACAACGUGUGUUUUGAGUGUGGUGCAUUUAAUCCUCAGUGGGUCAGUGUGACCUAUGGCAUCUGGAUCUGCCUGGAGUGCUCGGGAAAACACCGCGGGCUUGGGGUGCACCUCAGCUUUGUGCGCUCUGUGACUAUGGACAAGUGGAAGGACAUUGAGCUGGAGAAGAUGAAAGCAGGUGGGAAUGCUAAAUUCCAAGCGUUCCUGGAGUCUCAGGAGGAUUACGACCCCUGCUGGUCCUUGCAGGAGAAAUACAACAGCAGAUCUGCAGCCCUCUUCAGGGAUAAGGUGGCCGCCCUGGCUGAAGGCAGAGAGUGGUCUCUGGAAUCAUCACCAGCCCAGAACUGGACCCCCCCUCAACCCAGGACGCUGCCGUCCACUGCCCACCGAGCCUCUGGCCAGCUGCAGAAUGUGACCACAUCCUCAGACAAGGCUUUUGAAGACUGGCUGAAUGAUGACCUCGGCUCCUAUCAAGGGACCCAGGGGAAUCGCUACAUGGGGUUUGGGAACACAGCGCCACCUCAGAAGAGAGAGGACGACUUCCUCAACAAUGCCAUGUCUUCCCUGUACUCGGGCUGGAGCAGUUUCACCUCCGGAGCCAGCAGGUUUGCUUCAGCAGCUAAGGAGGGUGCUACAAAAUUUGGAUCCCAAGCAAGUCAAAAGUUUUGGGGUCACAAGCAGCAGCCAGAGCCGGCUUCGGAGUUGGGCCACAGCCUGAACGAGAACGUCCUCAAGCCUGCCCAGGAGAGGGUGAAGGAGGGAAAGCUUUUUGAUGAUGUGUCCAGUGGGGUUUCUCAGUUGGCAUUCAAGGUCCAGGGAGUCAGCAGUAAGGGAUGGCGGGACGUCACCACCUUUUUUUCUGGGAAGGCGGAGGACCCCUCAGAUAGACCCCCUGAGAGCCAUAGUUACCAAAACAGCGGCGAGGACAACUUCCAGAACAGCACCAUGGGCCAGAGCUUCUGGGAGACCUUUGGGAGUACAGAGCCCCCCAGGGCCGUCAAGUCCCCGAGCAGCGACAGCUGGACAUGCGCAGACACCUCGACCGAGAAGAGGAGCUCAGACAGCUGGGAAGUGUGGGGCUCAGGCUCGGCGUCUAACAAGAACAGCAAUAACAGCGAAGGCUGGGAGGGUGGGGAGGGCAGGGCCAGGGUGACCGGGAGGGUAGCGCCCUCGUCUAUGCCUGCAGAUGAAGGCUGGGACAACCAGAACUGGUAGGGCCACCGCACCGAGCCCAGUGGGUGGCUGCUGUUUGUGCUUCGCCUUCGUUCCUCCACUCCACCACAAGCAGCAGCUGCAGCCUAAAGACGGUGCCUCAGGCAGGACCUGACUGCUGGGCAUGGGGCGGCUCAGCCUGCAGGGCACCAGUGAGAGGUGCGUGCCAUCCAUCCCGCAUCCUCCCUUGGGACCCUCCAAACAGCCUUCUCAGUUCUGGCAGGGUCCGGUUGGCAACAGGCAGGGAUCCUGCUGCUGCCAGGAGGCGGGCUGUGCGUGCAGGCCCUGGAACCGCAGUCCCAGGCAGAGCUGUCAGCAGCCAUCCAUUUUCCUUGAAAUGCUCUUUUAAAUUUAUAGGUUUGCUCUAGAUCUUUUCUUUUUGAAGAAAAUGCCUUGACUUUUAAGGAUGGAAACACUGAAAGCGAUACCGGAGUUUGCACUGCCAUCAACCCCCUCCUCCCGUGCCCAUGGUUCCCUGCAGCCUGUGCUCUGGAAUCCCUGCUGCCACCCCAGGGGCCUUCCUGCAUCGGCCCUAUGCAGCCCCUGAUUCACCUGCCGAGCCCUCUGCAGCUGGCUGCCUCAGUGUAUGAGCAGCUCUUGGGGGUGCCCUGGACUGCUCAGAAGCCAGGGGACAGGAGUGAAGUGUGGUUGGGGGCAGCCAAUAUCUGCCCUUCCUGCUAUGUCCCGAUGUGUAGGGGCCCGCUGGGGGAAGGGCCAGGCACAAGGGCAGGGGGCUCCCUGGACCCCUUCCCGGGUUCAGAAGCAGCCAGCAGCCUCCCCCUGAGUCUCCAUGCAUGGUGAGCCAUGACAUCUGCAGAUCUGGCAGGCACAUGUGCCUGUGGCCUUGUUCCUCCCAUACUGGCCUCUGUCCUCAAACCCCGUCACUCACCAGGACUCUGAGCCUGUUGGACAGUGUGAAGUGACUGCUGUGGGUAGCAGCCUGCAGACUGACGACCACCACAACAGCCUGCCUUCCCCCAGGACUCCACAGCUGUGUGGCUGCGUGUGCUUGGGCCUCAGUCUCCCCACUCUUCUCCUGUCUGACCCCCAGUUUAAGCAGCAGUGCAUGCACCUGAAA